UAUUUAGUACUCCAUGCAUAUGUCCAAACAUUCGAUGGGAUGUUUUUGGGUGUAAAAUUUUGGGAUCUAAAUAUUCGAUGUCACGUUUUGCAAAAGCUGUUUCUCUGGAGUCCGGCAGAACAGUGCCCCCCACUACCUGAAAUUAUUGAGAGUUGGACGUCAGCUGCAAGGACAACCCCAUCUUGCUCUGAAAUCUGAACUGCGUACUGGAUUUCAAUGAUCUACCGUGCUAUGCCUUAUUGUACCUGCUACUGCAACUGACAAAAUCAAUAUUUCUUCAUAGCUCAGAGCAAGGGAAAAAAACACAAUUGCAAUUUGCAAACUUGCCUAUGUGGAUCACUUCACUCAACCCUUGAUUGACCAAGUUGUUGGAUGUGAUUGGCUUGUACCCUAACAUGUCCUCCUUGCUCCGUCCCUAAUCCAAAUACUAUUAUAGCAAUUUCAGCAAUAGUUCCUACUUUAACAUUCAUACUUUCUAAGUAGAGGCUGUUCUAAUUUUUUAGAACUAUAAAUUUAAUCCACAACUCCAGCUGUAGACUCUGCUUUGUACUCACUAUUUUUUAUAUGGAACCCUGAGUUAAUUAAUUAAUUAUUUUUUUAUUCCCCUCAGCCCACACCCUUCUCUCCCACCCUCUUCUCUCCCUCCCCGCACUCAAAUCUCUCUCCCGAACUUGGGGCUUGGGCCACCCGCUCUCCAUGGCAGCGCGAGAGGUGGUCGGGAGCACCAAAGCAACGCCGUCCGCGCUUGGACUAUGCACGCAUGCUUGGGCUUGGGGCAACGACAGGCAGACUUGAGCCCGGGAAUGGCGGCGACGAGCAUGCAGCAACAUGGGAUUGGCAGCGAGCGUGCCGCAGCUUGGGCCGGUGGGCCACAGCGCAGCCGCUGCAGCUUGGGGGCGCGACGCGGGCGCCACACCUCGGAUCGGCUGCGAGCGUGCCACAGCGCGGCGGCGGCGGCGAGGUGUCGCAGCUCGGCGAGCUCGCAAGCAUGGAGCGAAUCCUUGACCGAUAUGAGAGGUAUUUACUAUGUGAAGGUGGGGAUGUGAUGGAAAACCACCCUGAAGAAAUGGAGGGCAACAUGAGCUAUGAACACAUCAAGUUGAAGUCCAAAGUUGAGGCUCUACAGAAGAGCCAAAGGAAUCUCAUGGGGGAGCAACUUGAGUCCCUGACAUUCAGAGAGGUACAGCAGCUCGAGCAACAGAUAGACAGCGCUCUGAGGAACAUCAGAUCCAGGAAGGACCACGUCUUGUUCAACUCGAUCGAGGAGCUCCGAAAGAAGGAAAGGUUUCUGAUGGAACAAAAUACUCUUCUUGAGAAGGAGAAGGCUGCAUUGGAUCCAUCCCUGCACGCCAAGAACAGCGCAGCUUCCUCUACAUCAGCACAAGGCGCCGUUCCCAACCUGAACAUCUGUGCCGGCGGCGGCUCCGACGACGAGCCGGCACCGCCGGCGGCGCCAUAUGGAGCAGAGGCCGGUUUGCCGUGGUGGAUGCUAGAGGCCUAGGAGCGCGUACUGAUGAACUGCAUGCAGGUGCUCAACAGAUGAUGCGUUGCUCUAGCCUCUCACUUUCUUGGUUCGUGAUGAGCUUGCUGCCUUGCUUCAGAACAUCAAUCUGCAUUCUGCUCUCUAGUUUGUUGUAGUUUCUGUCUGUCUGUCUGUAACAUACACUAGGUUUUUUUUUUUUUGAGAGUCUGUAACAUACACUAGUGUGCGGCUUGCUGUCCUUCAUGUCAUUUGGGCUGUUGUUUUCGCGAGCUCUGUCUGUGUGCUGCUGGCCCAGCCUGACAACAUCAUCUCCUACUAAUUAACAGCCAGGCCCAGAGAGGGUCCAGGA